UAUAUAUUUUUAUUGUACAUGUUAUUUUAGUAAUUUUAUUUUCACAGUUUGGCCAAAAGUGUAAAAUACAACUUAGUGGAGUGAUUUAGUUCAGUAUGUGGUAUCAGGCAGGGUCUCAUUGCGAAGUGAAUCUAUUCACCACAUGAUCAUUCAUAAUGAGAGGCUUGCUGUUUGCUGAGCUUGCUGAAAAAAAAAGAAAAGAAAAAACUUAAGCUGAAACGUGCAUCCAGAGAGCGCCUCCAAAGACUUCCCCCGUUGAAAAAAAAAAAAAGACAGAGAGAUUGUGUUUCCAUAUUUUUACACAUAAACGACUAUGCACAAAGUCUGAAGGCAGCAGUCGACUCAGCUCACACAGGUGGAGGAUGGGAAUGGGUCAUGACCAGGAGAAGUUUUCUCGACUUGCAUUGUUUUAGGGUCCUCAGUUUUGGAUUAUGCUCUUCAUCCUGACCUGUUGCUCUCACUGUUUUCUUUGAGCUUGCGGAAUCAAUAUAGUGCGGUUUCAUCUGUUCGUUGCAUUCCUUGCUGAAUGCAAGCAUCGUCAUGUUGAUCACAAGAACUUAUCUCCUCUACUUUGUGGUCUCACUCUUUAACUUUGUUCGUUGCAUGGAAAGUGAAAUCUGCUUCCCGGUUAGAUUGGAUAACGAUGACAGCAGCAGUUCUGACAACGACGUGGAAAUCUUUAAUGAAAAAAGUGUCAUAAAAAUACGAGCUUUCCAACAGGAAUUAGUCAUCGAUUUACACCAUGACUCUAAUUUUAUUGCACCUUUACUUUCUAACCAAGACGCAUUGGGGUUCCACAACGCCGAUGUUGCCACUGACCUGAGCCGGUGUUUUUACUCCGGAUACGUGAACGCUGACCGAUAUUCUUAUGCUGCUUUAAGCCUCUGUAAGGGUUUACAUGGCGCAUUUGGUUUCCAAGACUGGGAAUAUUUUAUCAGUCCGGUACAAAAUGACACUAGAAGCGUGGACAGUGCGCAUAUCCUACGGCGCAGGAGCCAAAACAUGAAGUCCGGCUCAACCUCUAGGUGCGCAGUGGACAGCGACUUAAGCCUCCAGGUUGCUCAGUCCCUGGAGAAAUACAAGCGGCUGACGGACGACGACAAUGUGACCGAAACGAUGCUGAAGAAGAUGGGGAGAGCCAAAAGGUUCGCUUCAAUCCCCAGAUACGUGGAGACGCUCGUAGUAGCCGACGAGUCCAUGGCGCGGUUCCACGGAGAUGACCUAAAGCACUACAUCCUUACUCUGAUGUCAGUGGCAGCGAGGCUGUACAAGCACCCCAGCAUCCUUAACUCAAUCAGCAUUACGGUUGUGAAGCUCGUGAUUAUAUCAGAGGAGGACAAAGGACCCAAGGUGUCCGCGAACGCAGCCAUGACGCUCAGAAACUUUUGCACUUGGCAAAAAAAGAUGAACAAAAACAACGACAAGCAUCCAGACUACUGGGACACUGCGAUUCUUUUCACUAGACAGGACCUGUGUGGAGCAUCUACCUGUGAUACUCUUGGCAUGGCAGAUGUUGGCACCAUGUGCGACCCCAAGCGGAGCUGCUCCGUGAUUGAAGACGACGGCCUGCCUUCAGCCUUCACCACCGCUCAUGAGCUUGGUCAUGUGUUCAAUAUGCCCCAUGACAAUGUGAAGGCCUGUGAGGACGUGUUUGGGAAAAUGCAGGACAACCACAUGAUGUCACCCACACUUAUUCAGAUCAACCGCACCAGCCCAUGGUCCCCCUGCAGUGCUGCCAUCAUCACUGAAUUUCUGGACGGUGGGCAUGGGGAGUGUUUACUCGACCAGCCUCAGAAACCACUAAUCCUCCCUGACAUACAGCCAGGAGCAUCAUAUAGACUUGAACGUCAGUGUCAGCUUGCCUUUGGAGAAAGCUCCGAACCUUGUCUGUUCAUGCAACCACCAUGCAGUCGCCUGUGGUGCAAAGGAAAGUCCAGUGGCCAUUUAGUGUGUAUGACUCGCCACUUUCCCUGGGCAGAUGGCACCCAUUGUGGGGAUGGAAAGGUCUGUGAUCGAGGGGUUUGCUCUGACAAAUAUGUCCGGAAUCUCAAGGUGGAUGGUCGCUGGGGUAAGUGGGGUCUGUUUGGUUCUUGCUCACGCACAUGUGGAGGUGGUGUCCAGCUGUCUAAAAGGGAGUGUAAUAACCCAGUUCCGGCAAAUGGUGGCAAAUACUGCCAAGGGGUUCGGGUCAAAUACCGCUCCUGUAACCUGAACCAUUGCCCUGACACAGGGAAAACUUAUCGUGAAGAGCAGUGCGAGAUCAGUGGUCGCAAUUUCAACAGUAAUCGCAUUGCUCACUCUGUGGUGUGGGUUCCCAAGUACUCUGGAGUGUCCACAGAUGACAGGUGUAAACUCAUUUGCAGGGCUAAUGGCACUGGCUACUUCUACGUCCUGGCAACCAAGGUUGUUGAUGGGACUCAGUGCUCACCAGACUCCACAGGAGUGUGUGUCCAAGGAAAGUGUAUUAAGGCUGGUUGUGAUGGAAAAAUUGGCUCCACAAAGAAAUUUGAUAAGUGUGGAAUCUGUGGAGGUGACAACAAAGGCUGCAAGAAGGUGUCAGGACUCUUCACAAAGCCUGCGCAUGGCUACAACUUUGUUGUCAUGUUGCCAGUGGGUGCAGCCAACAUAGACAUCCGUCAACGAGGCUACAAGGGAAUGAAGAGUGAUGACAACUAUUUGGCAGUGAAGAACAGUGAAGGUCAUUACCUGCUCAAUGGGAACUACAUUGUGUCAGCAGGCGAGAGGGACAUCCUCAUAAAGAACAGUUUGCUGCGCUACAGUGGCACAGCAGGCUUAUCAGAGACCCUGCAGGCAGUGAACCCCUUGGGAGAAGCCCUUACUGUGGAGGUUCUGUGUGCAGGCAAGAUGACACCCCCUCGUAUCCGCUACUCCUUCUACCUUUCCCGUCAGAACAAGGAGGACAAGACUCGGAAGAAGGAGGAGCGUGUAAACUCUCACAACAGCGUCCUGGCUGAGGAUAGUGGCAAGGCGAAAGAAGCAGACCUCAAGCAGUCUUACAACAGGGAGGAUUCUACUCUUGGGAAAUGGAUCUCCACAGGCUGGGACAAGUGCUCAGUGUCAUGUGGCAAUGGGAUCCAGAGGAGGAUGGUGCAGUGUCUGAGACCAGAUGGGAAGCCAGGGUUGGACUGUGAUUCUUCUCAAAGACCUUCAGCCACCAGGGUUUGUGGGGACCCAUGUCCUGAGUGGGAUAUUGGCCAGUGGUCACCCUGUUCCAGAACCUGUGGGAAGGGCUUCAAACGACGACCACUGCACUGCAAAGCCCAGGCUGGGCAUCCUCUAGCAAGGGAUCACUGCACUGGCUUGCGCAAACCACAGGAGCUGGACUUCUGUAACCUGAGACCUUGCUAGUGACUUAAAUCCAUAAACUACACGUGUUGUUUUUUAUGUUUUAUAUGGACUGAAUUGGUUCCACCUGCAAGAAUUACACCAUGUCUGUCAGAUGUAGAUUUUUCCACCUGCAUCCGUUGACUGUUAUAGGAUGACAGACACUUGCUUGGAAGGACAACAAGAACAUUGGAAGGAGAGUGAAAUUCGGAGGAUGAAUGCUGGAAGAUAUGUUUCACUGCGAUCACUUUGAAUUAAAAAAGAAAAACAUUAUCCAGGUAUAGCUCUGAUGGUGAAAUAACAUAAUAGAAGGUCAAAUAAAAUUUAGUUGAAUCCUUUGUACUGUCAGCAGAUACAGGAUGACCAUUUGCAAGCAAUCAGACUAGUUUACCUUAAAGUCUGGAACCCAUUUUGUGUCAUAACAUUCUAACUGUGCAGGCUUCAGAGUUUUAGUUGGGUCUUGCACAUAGAUCAGAGAAGUCUGCCACUAGGCCAAGAAAUCAGAUUGACAUAUGUAAAUAUCUAUCAACUGGACUAAAAUGUAAUUUGCGUGUGCUCAAAAACAUUUUGUGCUUUAUUGGCCAUAGUUUACUAUUUUUUCCAGGAAUCUUUUAAAUUCUUGAAACUGAACUCUGCGUGCGUAUUUUUACAGUUUAGUUUAAAAUUUAAUGUGACACUGUUGCUUUUAAUCUAAAUCUGACUGAACAAAACAACACAGGAAUCCGUGUCAGUCUUAUGGCAGGUCACUGAUUUCAUUCAGCUGGACCUGCACUGCUCUGCUCUGACACAGGCCUCACACACACACUCAUACAUAUGCACAACCACACACGCUGGGUUCAGUUCCUGCCUCCUGUGUUUGGCAUGUUUGAUCGCCUCCUUCAUUUGACCUCAACAAUUGUCUUCACAGUUCACAGUGUUCAGCCAGUCAUGAACCCUGUUAAGUCAUGCCUGUCUGUCACAAUUUCCACUGAUAAUUUAUUAUCAAUGAAACAAUAAAGCAAAGAGGGAAUGUGUUUUCCUGGAUCUCCUUGUUCAGGCCCCCACAGCCUGAGCCAAGCUGUUCUUUCUACAGACUCCAUGAAAUCCUGUAAUCUGUUAUUUUCUCAUUUUAUUUUAAGGGGCCACAUUGACCAGUCCAACAUCCAGCUACAGGAUCAAUCCUGUCUUAGCGGGAUCAUUAUUUUAGUUAUAUUUUUUUAAUCAGCUUUUGCACUUUGUACAGCAAAAGAAAACAAUGACUUACAUGAGCUGUACUGUAUACUAUGUAUACAUUUAUUCAGCUCUGUUAAAAAAAAAAAAAAACUAAUGUACAUAAUUUUUGAUGCUUCUUUUUUACACAGGCAUUUGUAAUUGUCUUUGACUUCUGUAUAUUUAUUCCAAAAUAAAGUCAUUAGUUAAAAGUUGGGACUGACA